AGAAAAUAAUAAUUUGUUGCAAGUAAUCUUCCAAGAAAAAGCACCACGACUCAGACCUCUCCAUUUUCUUCUUCUCAAAUCUUGCUUUCUCUUGUUCAUCGUUUAUCGAUCCCUCUCUGCUUUAACUUAUCAUCAUCUCAUACCCUUUUACUAUUCUUCAAUUUCAAAUCCAUCGUACUUUCCCCAGGAAAACAAAACAAAAAAAGUAUCAUGGAUGCAACGCGAUUCUAGGGUUCCCCUGUUUGGCUGGACUCCGAUUUUGCUAAUCCAAUGCGAUUUCGUUGAAAACGUCAAGAAAGUCUGAGAAGAAGCGAACAGAUAAAGAAAAAGGGAAGAAUAUGUAUAGCAAUUUCAAGGAACAAGCCAUAGAAUACGUGAAGCAGGCGGUGCAAGAGGAUAAUGCGGGAAAUUAUAGCAAGGCCUUCCCUCUUUACAUGAAUGCCCUCGAGUACUUCAAGACCCAUUUGAAGUACGAGAAGAACCCUAAGAUCAAGGAAGCAAUCACUCAGAAAUUCACCGAGUAUCUCCGCCGUGCCGAGGAGAUCCGCGCAGUUCUUGACGAUGGCGGCGCAGGUCCUGCCUCUAACGGGGACGCUGCCGUAGCUACCAGGCCUAAGACCAAGCCAAAGGAUGGCGGGGGAGAGGGAGGCGAUGGCGAGGACCCCGAGCAAGCCAAGCUUCGGGCUGGCUUGAACUCCGCUAUCAUCAGGGAGAAGCCCAACGUCAAAUGGAGCGAUGUUGCUGGCCUCGAGAGCGCCAAGCAGGCCUUGCAGGAGGCCGUUAUUUUGCCUGUUAAGUUCCCUCAGUUUUUCACCGGAAAGAGACAACCAUGGAGAGCCUUUCUAUUGUAUGGGCCACCUGGGACUGGAAAGUCCUACCUGGCAAAGGCUGUUGCAACUGAAGCUGAUUCAACAUUUUUCAGUGUUUCCUCAUCAGACCUGGUGUCAAAGUGGAUGGGUGAAAGUGAAAAGCUAGUUUCAAACCUUUUCACUAUGGCCCGUGAAAGUGCUCCAUCCAUAAUCUUCAUUGAUGAAAUUGAUUCAUUAUGUGGGCAGCGUGGGGAGGGCAAUGAGAGUGAAGCUUCAAGACGUAUUAAAACAGAACUUCUUGUGCAGAUGCAGGUAUUUAUUUUUGUGUGGCAUAACCAGCUUGAAAUAAUCUUAAGCUUUCUUUAA